GGUAUUAUGACUCAUACUGUGGUACUCUAUUGAGUCUUAACAUAGCAAUCAAUGGUUCAGUACAGUGUAUUGAUACAUACUGUACCAUAGAUCUGGCAGACGACUGCGAUGAAAUUUCUCUGGACCGCGACCACAGAUUAUUUAUAGCAUGCGUCAUUAGAUGAGCACGGAAAAAAAGAAGCAACAACAGUGUUUCGCACUCAUACAUAUUUCUCAGCACAUCAAGGUUGUUUAUAUUAUUGUCUGUUUACACGGUGUAUACUGUUUUGGGAUUUAAAAAGGUACCUUUGCAGUUACAUGUAGCCAUUGUUAGUUUGUAUUAGCAACGUGGAAGAAAAGAUAUUCGGAGCUUCAAAACGAGAGGCCUGCUAGCUACUGUUUGCUUGUUGCAACAAGAACCAGCUACAAGAAACCCUCACGAGUUGGUCUUGUUUGAGCAGAAACGUUUUCCAAAAAUUUCAGUGCUCAAUCAUCAUGGCUGAUGACUUUGACAUAGAAGCAAUGCUUGAGGCUCCAUAUCGAAAGACUUGCCUAACGAUAUCUCACCUCUACUUCCAUGAAUUCCAGUGUGAUCUGUCAAAAAAUGAAGGAUGAGAUCAAGCACAGUAGUCCAAAUGGGCACAAGGAACACAGCAAGAAGAAAAAAAAGAGCAGGAGUCGAAGCAGAGACAGGAAGAGAAGCAAAAGCCGGGAUCGCAAGAAGAGCCAUGACCACAAGCGGAGCCGCAGCCACGAGCGAAAGCGGAGCCGCAGCAGGGAGAGGCGCCGGAGCAGAGAGCACAGCGGCCGCUACAGGGACCACAAGACCACCUUCUCUGGGCCGAAAUUUAAUGGUGGUUCCAGAGGGAAGAUUGGCCCCCCACCUGUCAUCAAGCUAAGCCGAAGACGUUCCAGAAGCCGAAGCCCUUUCAAGAAAGAGAAGAGUCCUGUGAGGCAAGUGUUCCUUGGGGAGAUGACGCAAAAGAGCUCAAUCAGGCAGCCAAUAGACAACCUGACUCCAGAGGAAAGGGACGCUCGCACAGUGUUCUGCAUGCAGCUGGCAGCCAGAAUCCGACCACGUGACCUGGAGGAGUUCUUCUCUGCAGUGGGAAAGGUGAGAGAUGUGCGCAUGAUCUCUGACAGAAAUUCGAGGAGGUCGAAGGGGAUUGCUUACAUCGAGUUUGUGGAGGCCAACUCGGUGCCACUGGCUAUAGGAUUGUCUGGCCAGCGACUUCUGGGGGUGCCAAUAAUUGUUCAGGCCUCACAGGUAAUGGCUGAGAAAAACAGGGCUGCUGCCAUGGCCAACAACCUGCAGAAGGGCAACGCUGGCCCAAUGAGACUCUACGUCGGAUCCUUACACUUUAACAUCACAGAGGAGAUGCUACGAGGAAUAUUUGAGCCCUUUGGAAAGAUUGAGAGUAUUCAGCUCAUGAUGGAUAGUGAGACGGGGAGAUCCAAAGGAUAUGGCUUCAUCACUUUCUCAGACACAGAGUGUGCCAAGAAGGCUUUGGAUCAGUUGAACGGCUUUGAGCUGGCUGGCCGGCCGAUGAAGGUGGGCAAUGUGACUGAGCGCACAGACGCCUCCAACGCCAGCUCCUUCCUGGACAACGACGAGCUGGAGAGGACAGGCAUUGACCUGGGCACCACUGGGCGCCUGCAGCUCAUGGCCAGACUGGCUGAAGGCACGGGACUGCAGAUUCCCCCAGCAGCACAGCAAGCCCUGCAGAUGGGUGGGGCCAUUGCUAUUGGUGCCAUGGCCGCUGUAUCAGCUGCCAUGAAUCCUGCCAUGAAUAUGAACAUGAAUACAGCUAUGAACCUACCCUCACAGCCACUUGCUACACACUGUUUCCAGCUGUCUAACAUGUUCAACCCUCGGUCUGAAGAUAACCCAGGCUGGGAUGUUGACAUUCAGCAUGAUGUCAUUGAGGAAUGCAACAAACAUGGAGGAGUUGUGCACAUAUACGUUGACAAGAAUUCCACUGACGGCAACGUGUAUGUGAAAUGUCCAUCCGUUCCUGCUGCCAUGGCUGCAGUAAACGCAUUACAUGGUCGAUAUUUUGCAGGUAAAAUGAUCACAGCGGCAUACGUCCCUCUCCCAACAUAUCACAACCUUUUCCCUGACUCUGUGAAGGCUACCCAGCUCCUGAUCCCUCUUGCUCACUGAUGAUCUCUCACAGCAAGACACGAAAAACCCAGAUUGGUGGGACACUGUAUAAUAGAUUUUUUUCCCCUUCAAUUUUCUCUCUUUAAAAGUUUGACAUUUUACAGUCUGUGGUCGUUUUUUCAUUCCUGCAAGUUAUGGCAGUAUGUUUUUAUUUUAUGUUAGUAGCUGAAGUAAAAUCGUCUUCUUUUUUGGCUUUCCAUAUGCAAAAAAUAAUCAUAGCUUUACUUGCAUAGCCACGUCCAAACAUGUGUUGGGCAUUGAGGGUGGAGUUUCAGCCAGUCUAAGAGUUUAUUGGUUAAUCUGGACAAUUUACCAUUUUAUAUUUUGUGAAGCUUAUUCUUGUUCAUACAUUCUUGUGCUUGAAAGCUUUGAUGGGCAUGUUUUCCCUGAUGAAGUGUACAACUUACAGUUGAAAUCGGAAGUUUACAUACACUUAGAUUGGAGUCAUUAAAACUUGUUUUUCAACCACUCCACAAAUUUCUUGUUAAUUAACAAAUGUAAAAAUUAUAGACCUCCACAAGUCUGGUUCAUAUUUGGGAGCAAUUUCCAAACGCCUGAAGGUAACACGUAAAUCUGUACAAACAAUAGUACGCAAGUAUAAACACCAUGGGACCACGUAGCCAUCAUACCACUCAGGAAGGAGACGCGUUCUGUCUCCUAGAGAUGAACGUACUUUGGUGCGAAAAGUGCAAAUCAAUCCCAGAACAACACCAAAGGACCUUGUGAAGAUGCUGGAGGAAACGGGUACACAAAUAUCCACAGUAAAACGAGUCCUAUAUCGACAUAACAUGAAAGGCUGCUCAGCUAGGAAGAAGCCACUGCUCCAAAACCGCCAUUGAAAAGCCAGACUACGGUUUGCAACUGCACAUGGGGACAAAGAUCAUACAUUUUGGAGAAAUGUCCUCUGGUCUGAUGAAGCAAAAAUAGAACUGUUAGACCUUAAUGAAUAUCGUUAUGUUUGGAGAACAAAAGGGGGAGGCUUGCAAGCCGAAGAACACCAUCCCAACUGUGAAGCACGGGGGUGGCAGCAUCAUGUUGUGGGGGUGCUUUGCUACAGGAGGGUCUUGUGCACUUCACAAAAUAGAUGGCACAAUGAGGUAGGAAAAGUAUGUGGAUAUAUUGAAGCAACAUCUCAAGACAUCAGUCAGGAAGUUAAUGAUUGGAUGCAAAUGGGUCUUCCAAAUGGACAAUGACCCCAAGCAUACUUCCAAAGUUGUGGCAAAAUGGCUUAAGGACAACAAAGUAUUGGAGUGGCCAUCACAAAGCCCUGAACUCAACCCUAUAGAAAAUUUGUGGGCAGAACUGAAAAAGCGUGUGUGAGCAAGGAGAACUGCAAACCUGACUCCGUUACACCAGCUCUGUCAGGAGUAAUGGGCCAAAAUUCACCCAACUUCUUGUGGGAAGCUUGUGGGAGGCUACCUGAAACGUUUGACCCAAGUUAAACCAUUUAAAGGCAAUGCUACCAAAUACUAAUUGAGUGUAUGUAAACUUCUCACCCACUGGGAAUGUGAUGAAAGAAAUAAAGCAGAAAUAAAUCAUUCUCUCUACUAUUAUUCUGACAUUUCACAUUCUUAAAAUAAAGUGGUGAUCAUAACUGACCUAAAACAGGGAUUUUUUACUAGGAUUAAAUGUCAGGAAUUGUAUAAACUGAGUUUAAAUGUAUUUGGCUAAGGUGUAUGUAAACUUCCAACUUCAACUGUAGAUACCCAGACAUAAGAAAAGAGGAUGUUGAAUCUUUUUGGAAAGCAAAAAUAAAAUUCAAACAUUGCAGUUUCGUUUAUACAUCAGAAUAUUUUUGGCCAUUGUGGAGAGGUUGGAGUCUGUUUGAUUGAGCUCCAUGAGCUCUGGAAACGUAAUGACUGAUUUCAUUUGUGGUCGUUUAGAGACCAUUUGGUUUUUCAGUAUAUGUUUUCUAAUCAAGAUUAGAUUUUAUAAAGACCUUGAUUAAAAUGUAUUUUAGUUACACUCAAGUAGUUUCUUUCCUUGCUCAAUACUGUCUGUAGCACAUCAUUCUAUGAUCCUCCCAUUUGGUAUAAGCAUAUAUAAUAUACCCACAAAAUAUAUACACUUCUAAGAAAAUCAAAAACUUAAUUGGAAAAAAUGUCAAUGCUGAUGAGACAUAGAAUCCCAAAACUCGGGAGUUACGGAGUUUACUGGUCAGCCGAACAGGCAAUAUCGAUAUGUUAUUAAAAAUCUUCUGUAGGCAACAGACUAGUGUAAAGGUUGCUUUAAAGGGGCAAUCUGUGAAUAUAACUUAGCUUAGUUCAACUGUCAUGCCCCAUCCCUCAUCUCUUUACCAAAACAGUGGUGGGGUGAAACAUUUUGUGUGAGGGAAAAAAAACUUGUGAAAAAACAAUAUUCGGCUAAACAGUUAAAACAUGUUUAAACAAUUUAAGAUUUUCCCACAAAAUGUACUGUUUAUUUCAAAGUAACAAACAUUUAGGUAUUACGAACAACGUCCAUUACCAACUUAUCUGAGAUCCUACUGUAAUUAAGCUUUGGUAUGAAUUUGGAGCAAAACUGGACUAAGAAUUUGUUUUUAACUGAAUUGCCUAGUUAAAUAAAGGUUCAAUAAAUAAUAAUAAUAAUAAAAAUAUAUUCAGUGGGGAGAACAAGUAUUUGAUACACUGCCGAUUUUGCAGGUUUUUCAACUUACAAAUCACGUAUAGGUCUGUAAUUUUUAUCAUAGGUGCACUUCAACUGUGAGAGACGGAAUCUAAAACAAAAAUCCAGAAAAUCAGAUUGUAUGGUUUUUAAGUAAUAAUUUGCAUUUUAUUGCAUGACAUAAGUAUUUGAUCACCUACCAACCAGUAAGAAUUCUGGCUCUCACAGACCUGUUAGUUUUUCUUUAAGAAGCCCACCUGUUCUCCACUCAUUACCUGUAUUAACUGCACCUGUUUGAACUCGUUACCUGUAUAAAAGACACCUGUCCACACACUCAAUCAAACAGACGCCAACCUCUCCACAAUGGCCAAGACCAGAGAGCUGUGUAAGGACAUCAGGGCUAAAAUUGUAGACCUGCACAAGGCUGGGAUGGGCUACAGGACAAUAGGCAAGCAGCUUGGUGAGAAGGCAACAACUGUUGGUGCAAUUAUUAGAAAAUGGAAGAAGUUCAAGAUGACGGUCAAUCACCCUCGGUCUGGGGCUCCAUGCAAGAUCUCACCUCGUGGGGCAUCAAUGAUCAUGAGGAAGGUGAGGGAUCAGCCCAGAACUACACGGCAGGACCUGGUCAAUGACCUGAAGAGAGCUGGGACCACAGUCUCAAAGAAAACCAUUAGUAACACACUAUUAAAAUCCUGCAUUUUACGCAAGGUCCCCCUGCUCAAGCCAGCGCAUGUCCAGGCCCGUCUGAAGUUUGCCAAUGACCAUCUGGAUGAUCCAGAGGAGAAAUGGGAGAAGGUCAUUGAUAGAGGAAAAUAUAGUUUAGAUGAUCAAUUAUGUAUACAUUAAUGAUUAGAACCCUUCUAUGCUAAUACUUAUGUUAUGAUUUGAAAAGUAUGGGUUCUUAAUUGUACUGUUACUGAAAAUGUAAGCAGAAAUGAAUUGUGUCUGUGUCUCCUGGGAAAGUUUGAGAAAAAGGGAUAAGAUCGUUUUUCAAACAGAUAAGAAUGUUUUGGUUGGAUUCCAUUAGGGGAGAGAAGUAUAUCCUUUAGACAGGUUGGAAUGUAGAUUUAUGAGGGGAGUGAAACUAUCUCCAAGACUGAAUACUAAGCCAUUGUAAGGCUGGGAGAGGGUGUGAAACUGAUGACGUCAUUUUAUGUUCACUUUCUUUAAAAUGUAAUGUUCUUUGUAUUUUGGGUCAGUACUCUCUCGUAAUAAACGCUGUUACCUUUGGCUUUUAA